UCUCCCCAGUGCGCGAAUGAAUGAUCCCGCGGCGCCAUUCGCUGGCUGGUCGUCGUCUGCUUCGCCCGCACUUUGUUUCGAAGAACUCUGCACCAGUAUGUCUGGUGCUGUGAAGCACCACAAGGCUCCAGGCAGCUCCGCCGAGGUGGCGCCUCCCGACCGUGGUGCGGUGGUUCACUCCGGUCACCCUGCACCAGUCCGUGUCGGCCACGCUGCCCCGGACCGUCCAGCUGCCCCGGACCGUCCGGCUGCCCCGGACCGUCCGGUAGCCCCGUCCGGCGGACCGGCUCUCCACCCGACCGGCUCCGCUUCUAGUCUGCAGCAGCGGCCCGCCCGCCCGGCCGCUCCGAACAGCCACCAUUCGAUGACCUCAGGUCACUCGGCGACCUCGGGUCACUCUGUAGGCUCGGGUCACUCGACGGCGUCCGGUCGCCAGCCCCGCCCGGUGUCACUGGUCGUCUCAGGUCAUUCGUCGACUGCAGCGAGUUCUCGCGCCAUGGAACACCACCCUACGAUCUUCAACAAUCUCGAUAGACAUGGCAACCAUAUCAGUAUCGGGAGUCAUAGCAACCACGGGAGUACUGGUAACCACGGUAGCCACGGGAGCCACGGGAGCCCCCUGUCGCCUCAGGAGCCGCGCCAGCCGUCCUGGCGGGCCAGCCGUCACGCUGCCAGUUCUCCGGAGAUGCGUCGGAUGGUUGUCAACCAUCGCGACACCCACCGCACUGCCAGCGGGAACCAUGUCUUGCACUCUGCCUCAGCCGGCCAGCGUCCUCAGCACGUGACCUUCUCUGACCACGUGACCGGUCAGCGGGGCUCGUCUGACCAUCACGUGACCGAGCACCGUUCCACGGAGGAGCACCGUGCGGUGCGGAGGAGUGUGUCUUGCAGUCACACAACGUCUCAAUCUAGUUACACGGGGUAUGGGGCGGUGCAUCAGAGAGGCUCUGCCGCUAACGCUCAGCACUCGACGCACGCUGUCUCCUGUCACCGCGGGCAGACUGGAGGUUCAGCGGCGUCCCACUCGUCCCCUACAGUGGAGCGUCAGAAGAGUGCCCCUAACAUCGCCGGUCGCUCGCAGAGCUGCGGUCGUCGCGCGGUGGCCGAGCCGUCUCCGACUGGGACGCGCAAGUCUCCGGCGGCGGCGGUGGCGUCCGCGGUGGCGGCAAUGGCAGGAGUAGUGGUUGGUGGUCACGAAAAGACCGCCUCUGGUGCUGCGCAGAAAUCGGAGCACACUGUCUCAGGGACGAACCCGGGAACUAGCGCUGGAUCUGGUCACAAGCCUGCCACUGCCAGUGUAUCGAGCAGCUCAACGGCAUCAAAACAUACCUCGGAGUCCCACUCUUCUGGCGCCCACAAGCGGCCCAGCUCGAUCCGAAUCUGUCACCAGUCUGUGCGUCAGACCGCUGCCUCCGCAGGUCAGCCUCGCUCACCUCUGUCACCGGGAGCUACCAGGGGACACCGGUCUCCACAGCAGCCGCCGUCGCCCCUGAGGCGGAAUAAACCGGCUAGUCUGACCACGGAACGCGUGGAAGGUCGCCAGGGUAAUCGUGAGGGUCAGCUGUCGCAGAGUAAGCCGACGAGCAGAGACAGCGGCAUCGUGGUUAUUGGGGCCGGCGAGGUGUGCAACAGUCAGACGGAAUCGUGUGGAGGUGUGGAUUCUGGUACCGCCGGCGUUACCACAGCCACGCCCUUCACUGCCGUCACUGCUAUCAAGGGAACCAAUACGGCCACCGCAACCAGCACUUCAACUGCUGCGGCAGGUUCGAACCAGAGUGCGUGCGAAACCGUAGCUGCAUUUAGUAAUGAAACGAAAACUAACACUACAUCCGCAAAAGAAGCCAUCAUUUCACCAACCCCCGAAGUCACCGCCAAACAAAUGUCCGAAGCCAGCAUUGCAAUCGCAAUGGCCGAAACUGCGGUCGCGAGCGCGCCUGAAGCGGAUAUCGAAGAAUCGGACGGCGACGCCCGCAACAGUAUGGGAUUUCAGAUCACGUCGAUCACUGCCAGUCGCGCCGACGCAGCGGCCGCCGACGCCGACGCGGACGCGGACGAGUGGGCCGACGGCGGCGACGAGUCUGUUGACGAGGACGCGUCGGUGGUGACAGAGGCCGCGUCCACGUCGUCGGGGGGAGGCGGCGGCGCGACGCUCGCGCUGCUGACCACGCCGGCCGAGUCGGCCACCGGCGUGCUGCCGGCGAUCCCCACUGCCGACGGAUUUGGCAUCACUCUGGUUCCCGGCGCGGUGCCGGUGGUGUCAGGGGGCGAGGCCAGUGCUCUUGUGCAGCUGCCGUCGGCGAGCGAGAUGGACCUCAUCACGGGGUCGCCCCCGAGCUCCGCCGCUGCCGCUGCCGCUGCUGCUGCUGGUAACCCAGGCAGCCCGGGUAGUGCCAGCGACUGGCAGAGCCGCUUCAAAGUGGUGCGCAUCGAGACAAACGUUCCGUUUAAAUGCGGCCGAUGGCAGUGUAUGGACUACCACGACCAACCAAAGGCGGACGGUGAAAAAGACAGUGUUCCCGAACUGAUACCGGCAGAGGAGGCGCUCAGAGCGACCGAGUGGCACGCCGCCUCCCCGCCGGCUGACCCGCCGGCUGACCCGCCGGUGGAGCUGCGGCGCCGCGCCAGUGACCCACCACCGCCCCCGCCUCCGGCCGACCUCCCGCUGGAAGCACCGGUAACCGCCCAGCAGGGGAGGACCAUGCCGGACCUUCUGCCCAGCUGCAGUCUGCUGAACCUGGUGCGAGGAGCGACCGGCGACUACGCUCCCGACGAAAGUGCCUCACCCGGUGGCAGUUCGCUGGAUAACAAGAUCGAGCCGAUCGACAACAAGAUCGAACAAGCGAUGGACCUGGUCAAAUCGCAUCUUCUCCUGGCUGUCCGAGAGGAGGUGGACGUCCUCAAGGCCAACAUCACCAAGCUGGUCGACAAGAUCAGCGUCCUGGAGCGAGAGAACGAAGUGCUCAAGACGAACGCCUCGCCCGAGGUGCUGGCGAAGCUGGCAGAGCGACCGGCCGCGCCGCCGGCGGCAGGCCAGUCGGCACCAGGUCAUCGCGUGGCCUGAGAGGGCCCAGAGGGGGCCGACUGCGGGGUCGUGACCCGCAGUGGCCGUGACCUCGCCACCACCCACCACCCCUGCUAGUCGGCUGUGUGCGAAGAGCGCGGAGCACGACUCCCUACGCGCUGGCCCGAAGAACCUCGAGAGUAAGAAAGGAGAGAAAGAUGUCGCGGUGAGAGAUUCAGGAGCAUGAGAGAGUUACAUGAAGGGAUUUACGUAUCCCUUGGCAAUGACGUCCGAUGCGAGUUUGCAGGUUAUGACGUGUGUGUCGGCCCGCCGCUGCAGGUUCGCCGGCGGGCCGGCUCCACAUAGACAGACGCUGUGCGGUACUUGUGAUAUGUGAGACUGAGAGACGGUUCUAUUUAUUCCUGUACAGAGGAGUAGCAAUACGGACGGCGCGGGUGGAACUCGCGCACGUGUGGGUAGCAGCUCCUGCGGGCACUGCGCCGGGGCAGGUCGCGGACUCGACUGUUGGCGCAUCAGUGAUUCACACUAAAGAGAGCGAAUGAGCCCGAUGACUUUUGCUUGUGAGCAUGUUUGCACUAGGACCUCAAGUACCUGCAUAGUGUCAUGUUGGAACAGUUAGUGUUUCAAGUACUGUAGUGUGAUGUUGGGACGUGUGUUCCUCGACGUUUGUGACUUCGCCGUGUCUUGACAGCGCUUCAAUCAUGAGGUCCGAAAGUGGCAUGUUCAUUGGACUCUUCGCUGUGCAGCAUUCAUAUUCAUAUUGAGGAACGCGAGGCUGUCGUCUUCAUAUUGUAAAGCGAAGCGCGUGUAUUGUUUUUGUGACAAAUAGAAAAUACAAGACUGUGUUAA